AUAUGUCGUUUCAAUUCGUUCAGAAAACUGAUUGCUACCUGCCAGGUACUUUUGUACAUGACUUUCCGGCCUCAAGCCAGUGCAUUGACUACGUGACAGAAACAAUAUAAAGCUCUUCGAUUUUAUUUCUACCUACCUCCCACACAGUUCUCUCCCACCCCUAGGUUUAGGCACCUUAGGUACCUAUUCACAUCUUAGACAUUAUGGAGUCUCAACCCUACCAACUACGGCCAUCACUUAGCCAUCCACUCCCCUAUCCGUCCUCUGCCUCGGAGAAGCGACAGCAUAGCAACUUGUCCGACGUCGAAAGUCCUCCCCAAAAGAGAUCCAAAGCCCCUUCCCAAGAUAUCCCCAGCAUACCCCCUCCCAUACCGCCACAUAAUACGACACAAGAACCCGGCUUUAUCUCCCGGAAUGAUCCCAGAAUAGCUGCUUGGCUUGAUACAUUUGACGAAGCAGACCCGCCAGAGACACCGAAGGCUUACCUCUACAGUUCAAAGUCCGAUGCCGAUAUUUGUUCCGAAACGGACUCUUGCGACACCGAAGAUUACGACACCGAAGACCAAAGCGAGGUGCAGCUUGGCAGCUAUCUUGGGAGAGCGACUUAUAAGGCAGAAUGGCUAAAAAGUCAUUCCUUUCGGACCUUGACGCUUCUUUAUAAUUCGAUUCGGAUCUUAUACUGGCGUGAUGCGACUCCUACAUGGGUAGAAGAACACCUUGAUACAAUCGAUACAUAUACCAAUAAUGAUAUUCCGGUCGAUUUCGCAGCCAUGCACCAAAGAUAUUAUCGGGAAUUUGCCUCGAAUGUUGAAGACAAACGGACCUGUUUGAAUGAAUUUUGCUACCUUAUGGGAAUUGAGUGGCUUGGUCUUGAUGGUGCUAGAAGGAUCCUUUUUUGGAAGGGAAGCUUACCUCCCAUAAAGGAUUACCCUAAGUAUACGUUACAUAACCCCAAACCCAGCCUGAUCUUAGGGUACAAUUUCUUGCCUAUGACAGAUGGCCUCCGGAACGAACGGUUUUCGAAGGUAUAUGACAUCCUCAAGUGUAUGCAUAUGUCCGCGGUUUCCUGCCCAUAUUUGAUCAUAGAGUCGGAGUGCCAUUUAGGCUCCCUCUUCGUAGCAGAGAACCGAUCCUUUGUCAGCGGCCGCAUAAGUUUGGACAGAAUCUGGUCGUUCCUCGGGGAUCGAGACCUGGUCUUCCUUCUGAGCACAAUGCCGAACUUUGCUAGGUUGUUCGUUAUGUGGCGAGACGUGGAAAAGAAAAUCACCCGUACGGGGGAGGUGGAAGAGUCUCCCGCAUAUCGCAUCAAACUUGUCGAUUCCUUUGACAUGGACAUGAUCGAGAAUGCUGAGAAACUUCGAAAUGCUAUCUUUCGUAUCCAGCAUUGGGCAAGAAAGGACAGACUACCUAGAAUUAUGGUUGGCCUCAGAAAGUGGAUGGCACAUGGUUAUCCUCGCCAUAAGUAUCAUCCAAUCGGACGUGAGAGGGUACCUAGAGAUUGAGAUUGGGUGGCUCGGUCUAGUUUACCUAGGUACUUGAGCUGCUUACCUCUUGUACAUUGAACAGGUCGGUAGAAUGUGCUCGGAUCUUGCUUAUUUCAAUCAUUACCUAAGGCAUAUAAUACUCGCCUUGUAUGAUUUGAUUACAGCUAUUUCUUACUUUUGUCAUUUCACGUGGCAAUGGGAAUUCGAAAUUGUUGAACGUUGGUUCUUGCUACCACGGAUUGGACUCUUAAAUUUGUUUUAUUUCCUUCCCAUUCUUUUUUUCCCCUUUAUUUCUUACUACAUGGUAUUUAGUCCAGUCGGGGUUUCAGUAGCCGCAUUCCCAGUGUUUCUCAAGGCGUAAAAAUAUCAGCAUACUUGAGUUCAAUUCGUAUUAGCUCUAUAGAAACUUGCUAUCUAACCCCCUAUGUCACUCCAAGU